GUCUUUCUUUAAAACGAUUGGGUUUGUUACACUUUCUGGAUUGAGUCCUCAAACGCAUCACUGACGUUCACAUGUCGGUGAGAAAGCAGCAGCUGUCACGUUUGCGCGUUGGUUUGCCUCUUCGUUUUAGCCGCGUACUCUUAAUUUCAGGAGUCACUCCUGUGCGCACACAGCCUAUCUCUGCGCUUUCUCAGCAUGGCACGAGGACACCAGAAGAUCCAGUCGCAGCAGAAGAACGCCAAAAAGCAGGCAGAAAUGAAGAAGGCAAAGGGCCACGAUCAGAAGACCGCCGCCAAAGCCGCUCUGGUGUUUACCUGUUCUGUCUGCAAGUCUCAGAUGCCUGACCCAAAAACCUUCAAGCAGCACUUCGAGAGCAAGCACCCCAAAGCCCCGCUGCCCCCUGAGUUGGAGGGAGUGGAGGCGUAAAUGACCGUCCCUCAGACGCCCCAAACCAUGGAAGAUUUCACGUAACCAGCCUGAGCCAGUUGCCUCUAUUCAUACAUGCGCGGUUUCUCCUGCCCGUCAAGUCCUACCUGUAUGUUCUGAUGUUUGAAUCCAUGCAAACUCUGACUUGAGGCCACAGCAGAGUUGCUCACUUUUGCAACUUGUACCGCUGCUAGGUCAUGCAUCUCUUACCCACUCGUGCAUGUUGAGCUAAGAUUUCACAUGCCAAAAUGAGGUUUAAGAAAUCACUUUGACCUGUUGUAAGUAGGAGAUUUUUAACCUAUGCAGCUUUUGGAGUAGAGACAAACGUGACCUCAUUUCUUCUAAAAGUGCUUUAACUGUUUAGUCUAAAGGAGGCGGUGAAACCUGUGCACACUGUAGAUCCUCUGUCUAGUUCAACUGCAAUACUUUAGCUAGCUAAUCCCUCCAUCCGUAUUGGCUCAUGAUAAUGUGAAACUUUUCCAGCUGUUUCGAGGCUGCUGCACAAUUGAUAGUUUACAAAAGAAAUGUGAUCAUGCCAGCAGCAGUCAUGUGCUUGUGAAAUCGAAUGUAUGCUCAGAUGUAAAAUAAAUUGUAUCUUAAUUUUGAAUUGUUAUAUAAAUAUAUAUAUCUCCUUUUUGGAAUCUUUAAUGUAUUUGUAAAUUGUCACUCAGAGGUUCAUGAGGGGGAAAUGUAAACCACCGUAACUACAGUUUUCAGUAUAAUACGGCUCUGGUUAAUCUGUCGUCAGAAACGCCCUUUCAGACGGUCAGUUUCACUGAUACUUCCUGUGUACUCGGUCUCGUUUUUCAGGCUUCAUGGAAUGAAACGUACCGUUAGCUGAAGCAUACCGGUUGACAUUCCAGCACAUGCUUUCCACUCGGACUGCUGCUUUUUAUCUUUGGAAAGUAGUUAAUAAAAAACAAUCACUGAAAA